AUUCGCCGUCUUCGGAUGAGGCUAAGUCGGGAGUCUAUGGCCAGAAACGCCCGUCUCGGCUCGGCGUUGGCACGGAAAGGCGCGCAUGCGUAGAGACGCCGCAACGCAGGGUUCGAUCCUGGCGGCUGGGCGACCUCGGCUCGCGCAUGCGCAAGGCCGGCACCAUGAACCCCGCGCAGGGCACGGUGGGCAGCGACCCGGUCAUCCUGGCCACGGCCGGCUACGACCACACGGUCCGCUUCUGGCAGGCGCACAGCGGCAUCUGCACGCGGACGGUCCAGCACCAGGACUCGCAGGUCAACGCCCUGGAGAUCACGCCGGACCGCACCAUGGUGGCCGCGGCAGGUUACCAGCACAUCCGCAUGUAUGACUUGAACUCCAAUAACCCCAACCCGGUGAUCAACUACGAUGGGGUGAGCAAGAACAUCACUUCGGUUGGCUUCCAUGAAGACGGCCGGUGGAUGUACACGGGGGGCGAAGACUGCAUGGCGCGCAUCUGGGACCUCCGGUCUCGCAAUCUUCAGUGCCAGCGCAUUUUCCAGGUGAACGCGCCCAUCAACUGCGUUUGCUUGCAUCCCAACCAGGCUGAGCUCAUUGUGGGAGAUCAGAGCGGCGCUAUCCACAUCUGGGAUCUGAAAACGGACCACAACGAGCAGCUCAUCCCAGAGCCAGAGGUCUCGGUCAAUGCGGUACAUAUAGAUCCGGAUGCCAGCUAUAUGGCUGCGGUCAACAGCUCGGGCAACUGUUACGUGUGGAAUCUCACGGGAGGCAUUGGAGAUGAGGUAACCCAGCUCAUCCCCAAGACCAAGAUCCCUGCACACAACCGCUAUGCACUCCAGUGCAAAUUCAGCCCGGAUUCCACGCUUUUGGCCACUUGCUCUGCUGACCAGACGUGCAAAAUAUGGAGGACCUCCAACUUCUCACUGAUGACGGAGCUGAGCAUCAAGAGCAACAACCCCGGGGAGACCUCCCGCGGCUGGAUGUGGGACUGUGCCUUUUCGGGGGAUUCCCAGUACAUUGUCACAGCCUCGUCAGACAACUUGGCCCGGCUCUGGUGUGUGGAGACGGGGGAGAUCAAGAGAGAAUACAGUGGGCAUCAGAAGGCGGUCGUCUGUCUGGCUUUCAACGACAGCGUGUUGGGCUGAGGAGCAAGCUGGGGGGGGGACGGCACCUCUUCGCCAGCCGGUCUGCCUCCUGGGCGGAAGAGAGGAUUCCCGUUUGGCCCCUGGCUUGUUUCUGCAAACGGAGCGGAGCCCAGUCUACCUCGACCGAGGCUGCACGAAGGGUCUCAGCCCUUUGGCUUUAACUGGCCGGUGCUGUUGUCUGGCCUCUCUUGUGCUCCCCAUUGGAAGCGCCUCCUUAAAACCAGCAUGGAUAUAGACCAGGGGUAGGCAACCUUGGCUCUUUUGUGACUCGUGGACUUCAACUCCCAGAAUUCCUGAGCCAGCAUAGCCUACCCGUUUUAGACUAAAGCGGGGAAGCUGCCCUUUCCCUGGCAGUGAUGGGCAUCUUUGUCUUGGCUGCCUCUAGGAAGACUCUUGUGGGCUCGGGGGCAGUGUUUCUCAACCUUGACAAUUUUAAGGCAUGUGGACUUCAACUCCCAGAAUUCCACAGCCAGCAAUGCUGGCUGUGGAAUUCUGGGAGUUGAAGUCCACAUGCCUUAAAAUUGUCAAGGUUGAGAAACACUGCUCUGGGGUGAGCUGGGUCAACUUUCCGAGGCCUCCUUUUUCGCCCCCGUCCUCUCACCCAGACCCCAGGCUAGAGGAGGCUUCAUUUGGGAGCUGGCACUGACUCCAGAGUAAUUGUGGGCACUGCCUGCAGGAGAGGCUACACUCUGGCCCUCCCUUUGCCAGGCAGCCCAGCUGGGUCAUCGGGCUUAAAAUAAGAGGUUGGCCCAAAUCUUCAGGGAAGCCUCGUCAUCCAAGGGCAGACUUUUCUCUCUGACCCGACAUGCUCACAUCCCAAAUCAGAGCAUCCCAUACAUGAUGUUUUUUUAAAAAAAGAGUUGUGUUUUUUUUUUUCACAUAAUGCUUGUAUGGAUCUUACCUUCACCAUAAAGCUACUUCUAUCAGAAGUAAUUAUUUACAUGUUACAGUUGAAAGCGACAAACUUCAUAAAUGUAUGUAUAUAUAUAUAGUGGUGAGCACAA